AUGCGGUUGGCAUGCCAUAGGCCAGCUCUUAUGAGGCUGACGAUGUUUGGAGCUAGCACCAAACUCAAUCCUCCCCGCUCCAGUGUAGGUGUUAAAUUCUCAGUAACACAGCGUUCUAUUUUUUCUCUCUCGAUUUUGAGUAUGCGGAGACUUUAUAGUAAUAUCUGGAACCAGAAUGGAACACAGGAAGGUUCCAGGCCUAGUCGGACUAGUACGGCGUCCUCAACCCCGAGCCUCGAUGAACUCCCUGAGCAACUACAAACCAUAGUCCGCGAGGACUCUGUACGUCAUCCAAAGAGUCAGACAAAAGAAAACACAAACGAAUUGAGGGCGGUCAAGAAACUACAUGCAGGCAUGGGUUCGGAGAUGGAUCAUAAACGUGAGUUGAGUAUCUUGGUCUCACUGAAAGACCAUAGGGAUUUAUUUGUGCAAUUCCGCGGUUGGUACAUGGAGAAGGGUUGUAUUUUACUUGCUAUGGAGUAUGUUGAGCAUGGCGACUUGAGAGGAUUUCUCAAAAGGUCUGGGAAGCAGUCGGAAGAAAGUGCCAAAGAGAUUGCAAUGCAAGUUCUCGAAGGACUUGUGAUUUUGCAUGGACGGAGCAUUUGUUAUCGCGAUUUGAAACCUGAGAAUAUCCUUUUGUCUUCACUCUCUCCGAUUCACAUAAAACUUGCGGACUUCGGAAUUUCGAAGAGUACAGCAGAUACACGAUUAGUUACUCAGAUCGGCACUCGUAACUAUCUCGCACCUGAAGUGAAUAGGAGUCUUCCUUUAAACCUUCUAAAGUUAAACGGAGAGUACGAAAGUUCAUUUGAUCUUUGGUCGCUUGGGUGUCUGCUACACGAAGUUUUGAGAUUAAAGCUACCAUUUACGACAGUAGACUCAUCACGGACUUAUGAUAGCACCAUAUCAGGAGUUGUUCCAAUUUCUAGCACUGAAUUCGAGUUCGAUAACAAGGCUUUUUUUGAUUUUUGCUAUGGAACUAAUGCCAAUCUUUCAACGGGGACUUUACGUGCAUUCAACAUCAGCGAGAGGGGAAUAGAAUUUAUAAAAAGCCUGCUAGUUCCUGAUCCUCGGUCCCGACCAUCUGCGGCAAAUGCCAUGAAGAGCGAAUGGUUACUCGAAUUACCUCAAUCAUCCAAUGGAGUGAUAUAUGACCAACAAAAGACCGAACCCGAGAUUCUACGAAGUCAGAUGUUUGCUUGCGGCAUGGGAGUCAGUCUUCGGACUAUUAAUACCUUAAUAAAUCGUGGAGGAGGGUCGAGCUCCAAAGCCCUUUUGCAUAAGUGUUUCCUAAAGACCGAAAUUGCCGAUAUUUUACAACGUGCACUUAAGGAGGGAUAUAGCCUGUUCGUAUUAAUACUUAAACAGGAACUUGACAUUGACCGUAGUCUAUUUGAUGAGUUUUUUGAUACGGCCUUAGUAGCCGGCGAUUUAGGGACUAUAAAAACUCUGUCUCGGAUUAAUUAUAUCAAAAGGAACAGUUAUAGCAGGGAUAUUCUCUAUACAACAGUAAAAGGUGGGCAUGUUGAAAUGGCCAAGUUGCUUCUCGAAGGGGGUGCCGACGUCAAUGCGGUGAAUCACUAUGGCCGAACAGCGCUCCAGACAGCGGUAUUAGGUGGACAUAUUGACAUGGUAGCGCUGCUUCAAAACCAAUAA